AUGGCGACACUUAACGGGAAGGUAAUUGCCAUUACCGGUGCGGCGUCCGGGAUUGGACGUGCCACCGCGAGGGAAUGCGCAGCGCGAGGAGCAUCGCUCUCUCUAUGCGACAUCAACGACGAAGAACUCCAUAAAGUCGUCAAGGAGCUAACGGCAAACUACGGCAGCGUCGUCAUUGGUCACCGAGUCGAUGUGUCCAGUUCAGACAGCGUGGACGCAUGGAUUGGCGAAACCAUGAGAUAUUUCGGCAGGUUGGACGGAGCAGCCAACGUUGCUGGUGUCGAGCACAAUGUGGGAGGCAAAGUGUUUGCAAAUAUCACCGACAUUACCAACGACCACUGGCACUUCAUCCUGGGCAUCAACUUGACUGGGCUCUUCUAUUGUCUUCGAGCUCAACUCCGGGUGAUGGAAAAGGGGGCCGCAAUCAUGAAUGUUGCGAGCAUGGCGGGAUUGAUGGGACGACCUGGCAUUGCCGCCUAUAGCACGAGCAAACACGGCGUCAUAGGCCUUACCAGGACGGCGGCCAAGGAAGUCGGUGGCAGAGGCAUCCGCGUCAAUGCCCUUGCACCUGGCCCCGUGGAUACUCCCAUGAUGGACAGAAUUGUGGCUGAUGGCGGACAGAAUAUACCUGUCACGCAGACGUACAAGACUAUACCAUUGCAACGACUCGGUACGUCUGAAGAUAUGGCCAAAACGAUUUGCUUUGCUCUCAGCGAUGAUGCAAGUUACACCACUGGAGCAAUAUUUUCGGUAGACGGCGGCGUGGUUUGUUGA